UGCUGGCCGAAAACGCCCCGCAGUACCUGGGCAGUGCUUCCAUGCUUCAAGGAGUUCAAGGGCGUUUAUUAUGAUUCACUUCAGAACGUCACCCGCUAUUGCCACGCCGACGGCAAGUGGGACAACUACAGUCACUACACGGCCUGCCAUCACAUGACCGAACCACCGCCGGACAUAGUCGAGGUCACGUCGAUCAUCUACUACUCCGGAUAUAUUGUUAGCCUAGUUGCGUUAAGUCUCGCUGUGAUAGUUUUCAUCUACUUCAAGGAUUUACGUUGCUUGCGUAAUACGAUUCAUGCAAAUCUGUUCAUUACCUACAUCCUGUCCGCCCUGAUGUGGAUGGUCAUUCUGACGCUGCAGCUCUCUGGCGGUGCAAACAGUGGCACGACUAGUUGUGUAAUCUUCGUUACCCUGCUGCACUACUUCACGCUUACCAACUUCUUCUGGAUGCUGGUCGAAGGACUCUAUCUGUACAUGUUGGUUGUGGAAACAUUUUCCGGCGAUAACUUACGGUUCAAAUUGUAUGCCGCCAUCGGAUGGGGAGGUCCCGGACUGUUUGUGACCCUGUGGGUCAUUGCCAAGGGCAUCGCCAUUUCCGGUCUUGAUCCAGCGGCCGCGCACGAAAUCGACUGUUCCUGGAUGCGAGAAUCGGUCGUGGACUGGAUCUUCCAAGGGCCCGUUUGUGCGGUGCUCAUCAUCAAUCUAGUGUUUCUCAUUCGAAUUAUGUGGGUGCUAAUCACUAAACUCCGCUCGGCCAACACCGUCGAAACGCGCCAGUAUCGAAAGGCAUCGAAGGCCCUGCUAGUACUGAUUCCGCUGCUCGGUAUAACCUACCUGGUCGUCCUGGCCGCACCGUCCGAGGGUGUCGUGAGUGACAUUUUCGCCGUGGCACGGGCACUGCUGCUGAGCACGCAGGGCUUCUCGGUGUCGCUGUUCUACUGCUUCCUGAACUCGGAGGUCCGACUGGCCCUGAGGCACCGGCUGGAGCGCUGGCGAGACGAGCGGAACAUCCGAAUAGGUCAGGUCCGGCAGCGAAGUCGCCGAUUCACCAACUCCGGCCUCUCGAAGGAAUGCUCGCCUCGCUCUAGAACUGAAAGUUUCCGGCCACUAACCUACAACAAACGAGAGAGCUGCGCAUCUUCGGCGACGACAACCACCCUGCUGGGGCCUCCGGUGGGGCCCCAUGGUACCGCGAUGCGAGGCUCCAACGGUGCCCUCCACAUGCACGCGAUGGCACCGAGGGCCAUCAGUCCACUGAUGCAGGGCCUUAACGAAAACUCCGUCUAAGUGUGAAAAAACAACGUUUCCAUCAUAGCAAAAUAAUAAAAAAAAAACAACCCACAUCAAAAUCUGCACCCGUACAGUUGAUUUCCCUAUCGGAUCUAUGUCCUCCCGUAACGCCUCAUUUUAUGAGUUAACAAAAAGUGUGAAAAUCCAGUUGGAUCAUCGUACAGAGCUGUGUGCAAAACUAGAAUAAUUAUAUUUUCGCAGAUGUUGUAGGAAGUGCAAAACUGCUGAUCUGACUGCUUCGAGUAAAUCGAACUUUAGGAAAGGGACAUGGGAAUUGUUGAAGUUUUUGUUGGUUUAAACCAAAUUUAAAAUUUAUUAAACUGUAAUCUGAUGUGAAAACGUUUAGACAAAUUUAUUAAUUUUUGUGAUGAGAACAAGGGAAUUUUAAAUAACAGUGUACUGCUAGGAUCUAAAUUGUCAAAUUGACAGAGGUGUUUUUGCUAAUGGAUAUUUAAAUUCGAAAAGUCACAUGUGUCUACCCAUUAUAGCAUAAUAAUUCGAUAAGCGAUGGGCGUUCUUCGUAAACGUAAAUUAUCCGUACAAAACCAGUAAUGCAAGCUAAGAAAGGUGUAAGGAUGUUCACAUUUUACAAAAUUGGAUAACCAAUAUGCCAACUAGACAAAUAUCACAAAACGUAAAUACCGAAGCAAAAUUGAAAGCAACUGGAACUCUUUAUCUCUCUAUCGAUGUAUGUGUCAGGCGGGUUUGUAAACUAACUGUAAUGAAAACAUACACACACUCUUUACAAUUUUUUUUUUCGAGAAUUAAAAUACAAUGUAAACCAAAAAUGCA